AUGCAGGUGAUCAAGUCAUUGUCCGAGGAUGAUCGACAGCUGAUCAGAUUUUAUUCACCGCAACUGGACACGCAUACCGAAUUCCUUUCCAAGGCGAUUGAUGAGUUCUUGAUUGUUGUUGAAGAACGAAUGCCGCCCCAUGACUUUGUGCAGAAAGGCAAACUGAGGAACUGUUUUAUUCACCGCAUCCUACCAUUCUUUUAUUUUGAGUAG